CCGUCCAGCCUCCGUGACGAUUCACUGCUGACGGUGCCAUUGACUUCCUUUUCCGCAACGCCAGGAGCGUCGAGCCGCUCGAUCGCUGGAUCACCUGGCCGGUCGAACUCCCCCCGAGGCCGCAGCGUCACCCCAAUACCCCCGAAUACACUCCCGACCCUCUCGAAAUACCGUGCCGCCUGGGAUUCCUCGACGUCGCCGGAAAACCGAAGGGCCGCCAGUAGCAUCUACUACACAACGGCCUGGGGCUCACCGUAUGCUGCACCUAGCCCUCGGAGGCUUUCGUGGUCUUUAAGUCAACACGGUGGUGUCGAUCGUGGUUCCGGAAAUAGCUCUCCGGCCUCGAUGCACAGUGGCAUACGCCACGGGUCUGAAUCGAAUAAUCCCGAGCUCUUGAGACCGUCUGCCCGAGACAGCUCAGUCAGACAACUGUACAGCGGCAAUUCGAGCCGGUCUCCAGCGAGAGACUUUUUUGGCAGGAAAGGGGGCAAGUCAAUCAAGGAUUUCACACAAGAUUGGAUCAAUCAGUACCUAUCCGGUCAACCACGAACUGAGCGAAGCAAUUGGUUAAGCGACGAUUCGGGCAGCGAGGCCCCAUCGUUUAUUACGGCGCAGAACUACUUCGCAGAGGACGCAUCUGACGAUUGGCUCGGCCUCGAACAGGACACCCGAGACGACGACCUGUUAAAGACCCCAACCCUAGCCGACUUCGUAAACCGAAGGACAGCUGGAAGUCGUCGAGAAGGUAGCCUUCCUCGCCAACGGGCCAGGGAUUUCCUUCACAAGCGAGCGGAUACCCUCCGGCAAGAGGACUUUUGGGGAUUCGCCUACGAUAAAGAUCCGCAGCCAAUUACGAUGGAUUCACACGAGACGCAGUCCCCUGUGGAGCAGGGGUCCAACAAGGCUCUCCCAACAAUAGAAAAGCCUCUACCGCCAACCCCAGGAGCUCCUUCGCCUACGGAGCGGGAGAAUCCUACCGAGCCCAAAGCCAUGAACAGCCAAGCGCUCGAUAGGAGUAGCCAGACCCCAGUGCAACGGUUUAGAAAGAAGAUCGUUUGGCGUGGGAAAGCAUGCUUCAUCGCGCUGCCGCUGGAAGACAAGCGAGGCACCGAAGAGUCUGGGCGCCCUCUGCUGACGGUUGAGGAUGUGCAAGAACGAUUGAAAAACUGGGAGGAACAAGGAUAUGAUACCCGCGGAUUCAGCGUCGGCGAGUCAGACGAUCUCUUGGACACUGGGCUGGGUGGUCUUAGUCGUCCGUUGUUCCCUGACCCAGCAGAGGUCCAGGAGGAUAGACACGCGGGGAGGUAUGGCGUCAGCAUUCCAGACAAAGCGGAGUGGGAUGCAUAUGUCGCCUAUCUACAGGAAGAGAAAUUACGCGCCUUGGGCGUGUUCCUGGAUGAACCAAAGCCCUCAAUUUCUCCUGCAUCUGCUGCUAUGAGCCAGAUGGCCCCCUUCCCUGGCCUUGUCUCGUCGCCCCCGAUACCGACAGCAUCCGCUGCCAGCAAUCCUCUGUCUUUAUCUCAUCACUUCUCUCCACAAUUGGGCCAGCCAGCAAACCCCGCGGGCCUGGGAACCCUGGCUUCUCCCGCUUCACAGUUCAGCAUACAAACACCGUUUCUGGGUGUCGACCAAAACUUGCUACCUGGAUAUCCGAUCCAGUUCCAACCUACCCCGCCUGCUCAGGGCUCUCUUACUCCUCAAAGUUUCUUUAACGCGCGCCAAGCAGGCCCCGCUGCAUCCAUACCUGGCACACUUCCUCACUUGGGCUCGAUUCUGUCUCCCGUUUCUCCUUUGAACGAACAGGGUGCUUUCCAUCCUGGCUUAAACGAACAACCAGGGCCGUCCAAGGAAACGUUCGGUGACCAUGACAUGCGGGACAACAUCGCUGAAGGCCAGCUGCUACGUCCUUACACUCCCACGGAGGGACCGGAUCAUUUCCACGCAUCUACUGUUGAAAUUGCGCAACCUACGCCCCGUGGUCACGACCGUGGCCACAACCUGAGCGAGACGCUCCAGAAGGGACUGGAUAGGUUCCCUCCUAGUUAUCAUUUGGAGGAGACUAUCGAUAGACAGCUUGACGAGGGUGAUCGCGAGCCAGUCCUCCAUAACUUUGACGGCUCUGAUCUUCUACAAUCGCGCUGGGCGUUCCCAGGUAAUGACAAUCUCGGAUCCCAGCAGUUUCCCCAGCACAUGCAUCAGUUCUACGGUGGAGACUACGCUGCAGACAAUGCCCAUGAAGGCUCCGAUAUCGAUACUAACCCCAGUCUUUCUGGUACCCCUCAGCGACAUGGCCCGCUUGCGAGCAAUAUCCCUUGGCAUGAGCCGAAGCCUAGUGCUGGCUCGUAUACUGGCGGACACCGCUCGAAGCUUUCAUCCUCUACUCUGAAUGUUGAUGCAAAGGAGUUCAACCCGACUGGAUCGGCGCCUUCACAGAGCUUUCCGUUCCAGGAACCGCCCUUUCAACCCCCAGCUGUUGGAAACCCCAUGUUUACCUUUGGUUCCGUACCAAGCUUCAACCCUUCUGCUAAUGCCUUUAACCUUACUGCUCCUCCGUUCACACCCAACGCUGCCAACAACCACACCACCCGAAAGGCUGGGUCAGGGGAGUUCAAAUUCUCCACCGCCUCUUUCAAUGUCGCGGCCCCCGCCUUCAACCCUACUGGCAGUGCUAUCACUGCAGAGCCCGAGCAGCCUGCAGGCGCGAGGACAAAGAUCUUCGAUGACGCCGACGUUUCGGAAGCAUCGAAGCUUUCUAAGAAGUCCAAGGCUAUUCCCAUUGUGCGACCUGAUGAUCCCAAGGAAGACAAGAGCAGUAAAGAGGAUGGUGAGAACGACAAUGGCCGCCCGACCCGCACUGAUCGUCAUAAGCGUGCCCGUCGUGGUGACGAAGCGUCGGAUGGCGAGGCUCAGUUCACCAUGUCUCAUGCUCUGGCAGAGACUGGUAACGCUCAACCAUCGCAAGCCCCCAACGCACAUCAUGUGCCGGCCGAAGGUAAAGAAAACGUGCAACCCGAGGGCGGGGAGAGCAAUGAAACAGUUCAGAAGCCGGUCACGAUCCAAGACGACAAAUUCGCCGAGAGGAAAGAGACCCCGAUCAGCGAAGCGUCGACCUGGACACCUUUCGACAAGAAGGAAAGCACGGCAGCAAUGCAGGAGUCUAGCCCAGCUGACGACAAACAAGCCGAAUCAGAGCAGCUUCCCGCAGAAAGAGAAGAUGUUGGUAUCAUAGAGCAGGAACAGUCUAUCGAAGCUGAUGCGAAGCCCUCAUUCCUGUCCGCCACUGCAAGGCCAUUUGAGUUCAAGGCGUCUGUUCCCGAAUACGUGCCGGUUGUUGUUGGAGAGUCAACACUUGCACCCAAUGCGGCGGAUGAUAGAAAGAGUGACGUUGCUUCCAACGCUCCAGUCUCACCCAAGCGUGAGCCUGUGCUAGCCGAAGCUGCCCAAACGGAUGAGGAUUCCCCUGACGACGAAGAGCUCAAUGCUAUAAUGGAACAGUUGAAUGACGACUCAGACGUUGGAAUAGAGCGGUUGAGCACCCCGCAGCCUCGUGAUCGCAUCCCGGAGUCUGUCUUACAUCCAUCUAAAGAAAAGCGCCACAUCCCAGCGGAUAUCAGGAGCGAGGCUCCCAGUCCGAGCCCAGGACGGGGUUUCAUGGCCCAUGCGCUGGAUGUACCUAAACUCGAUUUUGAAGCUCGAUCACAGUUCUCUGUCUCUCCCUCCAAGGGCGUCGGCUCUGGUAUCCACUCCCCCGUGCGGCAUUUGGUCAACCAGAAUGACCAUAUCAGUGACUGGGAUGAUGUGAUUUCGUCUGGCGAAGACGAGAAGCUGGCGAAUCGGAGCAGGUUCUUUGAUCGUCGGAUCAACGACCUCGUCGGUUCCGCCAUCGAUGAACGGCUAACGCCGCUUGAGCGCGCCCUUGGCGUGAUUCAAGACUCGGUCAUGGCAAUUGCACCGGCCCCUCGAACUAAAUUGGAAUGGAGUGCAUCUAUCGCGGGUGACAACAGCGAUGCCGAUGAUGAGGAAGAUGCAUACGAGAAUGCAUCAUACAGCACAAGAUCUGUUCUGCGCCAGAAAGAGAAACUCGAUAGAAUGAAAGCUGUCUUCUUGGAAGCUUUGGCAUCCCGAGACAGCGAGCAAAACAAGGACCAGACGAAUUCAGAACUUGCACAGCUGCGGGAUAGCGUUUCUGCUCUUCAGGCUCUAACCGUGCAGAAGUUGUCGCAGGACCCUGUCGAGGAGUUGAGAGUCAUCAUCCAAGACUUGGCCUCGAACCAACUGAGCCAGCAGAACUCGCGUCCCUCGGAAGCGGAAGAGAUCGGUGCCGAAAGCCUCAUGCUCCAAAUCGAGGGUCUCAAGAACAUGCUGCGGGUCUCCGACGAACGAGCUGAGCAGGAGUACAAGCUUCGGAGAGAAGCCCUAGACUCGGUCGCAGAACUCCAACGCCUUCUGAAGGUCGCGGAGGAAGACGCUGCACGCCACAGCGAGGCUGCAGAGUCCGCUGAAACUCGCUUGCUCCACUUCAAGGCAGAGAAGAUCCCUUACUUUGAAAACAUCCAACAUAAGGCCGAUUCGCUUGAGCAAGAGCAAGAAACUCUCAAAUUUACUCUCGCUGAACUAUCCUCCAAGAACAUCGCACUCCAGGGCACCCUUGACGAGUAUCGAGUAUCGAGUGACAACUGGAAACGGGAUAGCGAACAGUCCCGAGCUGAACUUGACACCGUCAGAGCGGAAAACAAGGAGCUACGUGGUACUAUUAGCCAGCUCAAGACGCGUCUCGAAGAUGGCAUGAGUAUCCGGCACAAUCUCGGCGAGAAGCUAGACCGUCUCCAAGAUGAAAUGGCGACGGUCACUCGAGACGUCAUCCGUGACCAGGCUUCGUACCGCAGACGCGAGGAGGAGUUGAACGCCAAAUAUAAUGAACUACGCGCAGCCUUUAACCGCGAGACGAAGCUCCGUGAAAAGCUCGAAUACGACAUUAACGAGCUCGAGGCACAGGAGCGCGAGGCAGCCAAGUUGAAGUUCAUUUUCGGCCAAUCUCAGCAGGAGAAUGCAAGACUCGAAGAACUUGUGGCACACCUGCGACUCGAAACCCAUGACCUGGAGCUCAAGGCUGCUCGAUUUGAACGCGAGUUCAACGAGGCUCGUGAAAGCAGCCGGGUGGAGAUUCAGCGCACCAGAAACUCGCUGGAGUCGGAUCUGGAGGUCGCCAAUAGCCAAGUCAACAUUGUCCGUUCUGAACUGGAAACACAGAUCCUUCGCCUUCAAAGUCAAAUGGACAACGUCAGGCUCGAAAGCGACACGGCCCGGGAGCGCUAUGAAAUGCUGUUGGAAGAAGCCAAUGAGACGAAGGCCAGCACCUUGGCCGCCGCUGUCCAAGCCAAAGAAUUGGCUGUGGAGGAGCAGCGCCGGACGCACGAACGUGUACUCAAUGACCUUCGGGAGCGCCACGCGCGUGCGCUGCACAAUGCUUCUGAAGAUAGGCAGCGCACAGAAGCUCAUCUGAUGGACCGCCUGGCCUUGUCUGAUGACAAGGUGAAACACCUUGAGGAUCGCGUUCACCACCUUGAAGAGAGGCUUGAAAUCGCACAGUCCGCUGCGCGCGCAGCUGCAGAAGCGGCUCAGUCUGCCAAGGCCGCCGUGCCUGCUUUGGUGCCUGCACACUCGAGCUCCCCUUCGAUGCCGUUCCGUGAGGGAUCGAUGAUGCCGGAGAAGAUUUCGCCUCAGGCUUUGAGGGAAUCCAUCUUGGUGCUCCAAGACCAGUUGCAACAACGUGAAUCUCGCAUUGAAGAGCUCGAGCAAGAAGUAGCCGCUAUCGACAAGGACGCUCCCAACAAGAUCAAGGAGAAGGACACGGAGAUCACUUGGUUGCGUGAGCUUCUCGGUGUUCGCAUUGAUGACCUUCAGGACAUCAUCACCACCGUGUCGCAGCCUGCUUUUGACCGCAAUGCUGUUCGUGAUGCGGCCAUUCGUCUAAAGGCGAAUCUGCAGAUGCAGCAACAGGAGAGAGAAAGAGUCCAUUCUGGACACAGUUUCCCGAGCCUUCCCUCAUUGGCAGACUUGACUGCGUCGCCGCGGUCGUUCCCUCUCGCAGCUGCAGCAGCAUGGGGGAACUGGCGCAAGGGAAGAGAUAAUUCCCACUCUCACCUCUCUGAACAAACGCCAUCAAAACCGACCAAUGCAAGUUCCUUCCUGUCAGGGCUCUUGACGCCUCCAGCCUCCAGUGUCCGACAGGCCUCACCCCACGCCGGCCCUUCCGCGACAGCAGGAUCCCGACGUCCUUCAGAGAGUCGGCCUCUAAGAAAUUACAAUACGACGCCAAAGGCCGUGCCUGCUCGUGCGAGCAGGAUGCGAGAGCCGCCAAGCACUCCCCCUCUGCUCCGUCGAUCAAGUUAUGAUCACGAUGCCGAGCCGGCUGAUUAUGCCCACGACUCCUUUGGAGAGGACGCCGAAAGCACGGCCGACGGCCUAGUCUCUGCAUCUCCCCGGGACGCGGCCGACGGGCCAUUUGGACCGCAAAUACAAGCAUAG